AACAUAAAUCCUAAGGAGCGCACAGCCCGUCCGUCACCGCGCACUGGCAGACCAACAUGAUCCCGAGAAGAUCGAGUCCUGCACUUCCACACUUGCGACAGCAACUCCACUGAGAACAACCGCAGCAGAAAUCACAGAGCAUCGCCGCGUCCGGUCCUCGGUGAACUAUCCUCCUCUCCGUUCUCCCGUCUAUUACUCUCUCUCUCUCUCUCUCUCUCUCGCUCUCUCUCUCUCUCCCCCCGCGCUGGAUCUUUCGUGCCAGAAGAUGUGUGUGGAGAGCGACGGGUGCGACAUCGAAGGCUGCAGCAGUUCGGACGAGGUGCGCACGCUGUCGGGCAGCAUGAGUCCCGCGCUGAAAUCCAACCCGGACCUUCACCCGUGCAAACCCGGGCAGAAAUUCCGCGCCGCGCUGCUCAGAUGCCACUCACCGGCCGCCGCCGCCGGGAUCCUCAGUUUUGGGAACGUCCUCAAUUACAUGGAUAGAUACACCGUCGCCGGUGUGCUGCUCGACAUCCAGCGGCAUUACGAUGUAACAGACAGUGGAAUCGGCUUGUUGCAAACAGUCUUCAUCUGCAGCUUCAUGGUGGCAGCUCCCAUCUUCGGUUACCUGGGCGACCGCUUCAACCGAAAGGUCAUCCUGAGCUGCGGCAUUUUCUUCUGGUCCAUUGUUACUCUGUCGAGCUCCUUCAUCAGUAAAGAGUAUUACUGGCUGUUUGUACUCUCCAGGGGACUUGUGGGAAUCGGAGAGUCCAGCUACUCCUCCAUCUCUCCCACCAUCAUAGGAGACCUGUUCACUAAUAACAGCCGCACCAUGAUGCUCUCCGUCUUCUACCUGGCCAUCCCCCUGGGAAGUGGGUUGGGUUACAUCCUGGGCUCCAGCGCCAAGGUGGCUGCAGGAGACUGGCACUGGGCACUGAGGGUGUCCCCGGUUUUAGGGAUCACAGCGGGGACCCUGAUCCUGCUCUUCGUGCCCGAGCCGAAGAGAGGCAUCGCUGACCAGAUGGGACGCAUCAAGACCCGCACCUCCUGGCUCUGUGACAUGAAGGCGCUCGCCAAGAAUCGGAGCUACGUGUUCUCCUCGCUGGCAUCCUCGGCGGUGUCUUUUGCCACGGGUGCGUUCGGCAUGUGGAUUCCUCUGUACCUGGCCAGAGCCCAGGUGGUGCAGAAGACGGGAGAGGACUGCACGAAAGAGGUCUGCAGCAGCACAGACAGCCUAAUCUUCGGGGCGAUCACCUGUGUGACGGGCCUGUUGGGCGUGGUCAUCGGGUUGGCCACCACGCGCCUGUGCCGCCAGAAGACGGAGCGCGCCGACCCCCUCGUGUGCGCGGUCAGCAUGCUGGGCUCGGCCAUCUUCAUCUGCCUCAUCUUCGUGGUGGCCAAGAAGAGCAUCGUAGGAGCCUAUGUAAGCAUCUUCAUCGGAGAGACGCUGCUUUUCCUGAACUGGGCCAUAACUGCAGACAUUUUAUGGUAAUUUGUCGUAAUCCCACAAGGAGAGCAAACGGCGGUCGCCUUUCAGAGCUUCACCUCUCAUCUGCUGGGUGACGCAGGAAGUCCGUACCUGAUAGGCCUGAUCUCCGACGCCCUUCAGCAGAGCUACGCAACGUCAGCGCUGUGGCGGUUCCUCACUGGCUAUGCCCUCAUGCUCUGUCCCUUCAUCAUUGUCCUGGGGGGCAUGUUUUUCCUGGCCACGGCGCUGUUUUUCCUGGAUGACAGGGAGAAGGCCGAGAAACAGUUGAGCCAGAUGACACGACCACCCUCCACAGUCAAGGUAUGACCAGGUGACAACAACAUGAAGAGGCCACCCGAAAGAGCAGCCAAACUCUAUGAGGAUGACAAAUUGGAGAUAAAAAGCGAGGCCAGCUGAUCCACUCCUCGAAAGCCACGUUCCACGUUCUCGUCACCGCCGCCCACGCCACAAUCCUCCUCCUCCUCCUCCUCCUCCUCCUCCUCCUCCUCCUCUUCCUCCUGCUCUUGGCUCCUGCUGCUCGUCCUCUCUACACACUCAUGGAGGCUGCUCAGAACUGAAACGAGGGAGCGUCUUGCCCCUCCUUGAGACGCCUCUAAAUCACAGGUCGCUGAGAGCACAGCGGUGAGCUGAUGCCGGCCGGCUGACAGCUGGUGUCCUCCUCGCCUCUGUCAGCGAGGAUCCACUGAACCGUCCAGGGAGGACGUGGGGUGGGGUGGGGGGGGCGGCUCACAAUCCCCCAUCACCCCUCCAACUCCUGAUGCCAUACUACUGAAUGCUGACCAUGAACCUGCCCUGUCUGUCUGCUUGUUUGUCCAUCUGUCUGUCUGUUACAUUGGCUGUUAAUCUGCACCAAGUGCCAUAGCGUCAUUACAUUCCUUCCUACUUUGCACUGACCAACCAACAACAACCCUCAUGACUUCUGAUCACUGACUAUGUCUACAUGCACACCGUAAUCGACUAAAACCCGAUCACUCUGCACAUCUUAGCCUCGGCAUCAACACCAGACUUAAACACACUGUUCACACACAGUUCACAGCAUUCUCACAAUCGUUCAAAGUUCAGCUGUGCAUGUAAACAUAGCCGUCAAAAGCCAAAAAGUGUUACCGUCAGUGAAUCAGCCUUAAAAAUUGGAGCUUUACCCAUCAAACAGCUGUUUCCUUUGACCCCGGCGUGUGUGUUUUUUUUAUUUUGAGCUGUUAGCACUUACAUCGGCGUAGACACAGUGCCAGAGAACGUGGCAGAGAUUUCUGCACAUUAUUUUUCGUGAACUUUCUUUUCUUUUGCGUGAUGUUGGAUUUGAAACUGGAGGUCACUGCCUAUGAUUGUUUCAGAAGGACGAUGAUGCAAUCUGGGCGAUUUAAAGCAGACACUGGACUAUAUGUUUUUUUUUAAAAUAAUUUAUAAUGUAAAUGCUUUUCCCAAAACUAAAUGAAAGGCUUCUCUUCUGACUUUUAAGGAGUAGCGCCGAUGUUUUUUGUGUACACGAGAAGCAAUACAAAGAAGCGACCUUUCUGAUCCACGCUGCCUUUAUCAGUGAGCAGCUCUCUCCAGAGGGAUUAGCUCUCUGAUGGUUGGUUUUGAAUUUCCGGACACGCGGCCCACACAAAGACUGUGUAGGCCGGUUACAAUACUGCGCAUUGUGGAGAGAGACCGGUCCCCCUUGUAAUUGUACAUAUCCCAUUCCACCAUUAGGAGAAAGAACCUUUGAGGAGAGCAGGGGCCGCGGUCAUCACUCCAUUAAUGAGGGAAAGCAAAAUUCCAGACAGGAACAGGAAAUCCUUCCGCCCCAGGUUAGACUGACGGCGAGCUCUUAUCGCUGAUAACACAGGAAUCUCACCCCCAUCCUCUUUGAAACCAGACCAGAAGGUCCUCAGAUCCCUCUGCAGGGGUCUCCUUUAAUACAGCCGCCACAAGACAUAGAAGUACACAAAGGGAAAAUGUGUUUUUAUUAGAUUUCCUCAUAUGCUUUAAUUCGUGUUUGUAAAUCAUGCAACUGUAAUGCAAAAAAAGGUUGAAAUAGCAUCCGCUAUAGCUAGUCGCUUGUAAAGAGUUAGGUAAAAGCGCCAUUAGAAGCAUUAGAAGCGUGUAUCACACCUGGUGGAUACACUUUUACUAAAAACCUUGAAGCCACUAAUGGCGUCAAAGGUUUGAAAACUGAUGCGUAAAGUGAAAAAAAAGGAUUCUCAGACCUCCAAGAAAACACAGAAAGGAGGAGGAGGAUGGAAUGACCUUAGCGGAGGAACGAAAGGGAAACGUCGAGGGUGGGUUCUCGUAGCGUCGAUGUGCGAGCGUGACUCACCGGCUGUGUGCGGGGUGCUGUAGCUUCACUCCAACUGCGUGGAGCUCUCUGAAUGUGAGGCGUUUACACACCUACAUCUUCUUAAUGGACUAAGCUUCUUACCUUCCUUUUGUUGAUUUUCUUUUUCUUAAUGUUACCAAAUGAGUUUUCAUUUUUAAUAACUACAAUAGAUAUAUAUAUAGAUAUAGAGAGGAGAGAGAGAGAGAGAGUUAUAAAGCUAUAUACACGCAGCAACUUUAUAUAUUGUAAAUGAUAGCUUGGAUGCAAUGGAUUUAUUUGUUUGUUAUCAUAAUGAAGAAUAAUCUAUAAAGGGAAGUUUAAGGUUUGAGUAUACUACAUGUUGUUGUAUGUUGUUGGGUUUAGAAAAUGCCUGUUUGUUUCAUCCUUUUGUAUCUUGAUGAAACUACACAAUACCUUCUCACAUCACUGAGUUUAUUAUGACUGUGAUCAUGACUGGACCUCUCUCACAUAUGACACACACAAAAGGAACUGCGAUGUGAUGGAUUUUACGGCUCUAAUGUUUAGGGUGCAAACAUUUUUUUUUUUUGCAUCCAUUUUGUAGCUCUUGUAAAUGCUUUUUUGUUCCCUUCUUUUUUUUUGUCAACUGAUCAAACCAUUUUGCACACUUAAAGUUCCGGGACUGAUUUGAACCGCAGCCCGGCAUCGACUCCACGGCCUUCCGCCUCAGAGGUCCUGUCACGCAUGUGGUCACCUGCCAUGAGGAGGGACGCUGGCUCUGGUCAGAUGGGUCACGAAUAGAGUUUUUCACUUUGCCAAAUUUAGUUGAUCUAGGAGAAAUCCUUGAGGAGUAUCAGUCCGUAUCGAGUAAUUCUACGUUGUUAAUCACUGACGUGAUUGUGCUGAGAAAUGUGCUACUUCUUGUCGUACAAGAAUUCUGUAUAAAGAAACCUAUUUCUGAUAUUGAGCAGAAAACAGAGGUUAUUUUUUAUGUUUAGAGCGCGUCAAUACAAGAGAAGUGUCGAGAAAUCAAAAGAAUAUUGUUCUAGAACUGAACUGUGACGCUCCC